AGAAGCGGAAACGGCGCGGCAGGUGCAGUCAGUCCUCUGUUGGUCCCUGAACGAGCUUCGUUCUGGAGCCUGGCAUUCUCUGGAUUUUACCUUUCUCCAAGAGGGGAACACAGAAGAAGAAAUGGCUUCUGUGUCACUGGCAGCCAGAUCCCAGGAAUCAGUUACAUUCAAGGAUGUGGCUGUGAACUUCACCCAGGAAGAGUGGGGGCAACUGAACCCUGCACAGAGGGAGUUGUACAGAGAUGUGAUGUUGGAGAACUAUAGAAACCUUAUCUCACUGGGACUUCCAAUUUCCAAACCUGAUGUGAUCUUUCAGUUGGAGCAAGGACAAGAGCCUUGGAUGCUUGAUGUGCAAGGAACUGAAGGGGGAGGGGUCCCAAGAAAUACCUCUUUGGUUUCAGGCUGGGAGAAAAAGUCAGUUCCAAAGCAGAACAUUUCAGAAGAAAUAAAAUCACCAGAGAUAUUAACAGAAAGAUCCACAAGUGAAGUUACUGUACCUGAGGUUAGAUUGGAGAAGAAAAGAGAAAAGUCUGAAGAGAAGACAUUGGAAAAAUCACUUUCACAAGAGAGAAGUUUCAAGAAACUUUUAAUCAAUGCCUCCAAAAAUUCCAGUAAGGAGAGAGGCUCUGAAUGUAAUAUGUGUGGGAAAACCUUCAGACAUAUAAGUAGCCUUCGGAGACAUCAGAUUACUCACACAGGAGAAAGACCCUAUGAAUGUAAUGAAUGUGGGAAAGCUUUCUUUGACUGUUCAUCCCUUACUAUACAUGAAAGAAUUCAUACUGGAGAGAAGCCCUAUGAAUGUGAGGAAUGUGGGAAAGCCUUCUUUGACCGCUCACAUCUUAAUCGACAUCAGAGAAUUCAUACUGGGGAAAAGCCCUAUGAAUGUGAUCAGUGUGGCAAAGCCUUCUUUGACCGCUCAUCUCUUACUCAACAUCAGAAAAUUCAUAGUAAAGAGAAGCCAUAUGAAUGCAGUGAAUGUGGGAAAACCUUCAUACAAAAAAGGAAUCUUAAACGACAUCAGAUAACUCAUACUGGAGAAAAACCGUAUGAAUGUGGUGUAUGUGGAAAGAUUUUCAGUCAUAAGUCAUCUGUAAUCCAACAUCAGCGACGUUAUGCCAAAGAAUCAGCCAUGCCAGGGAUGUGGACGGAGGCUUCAUCCUCCAUAUAUGAGGAAGAGUACACCAUAUCCUUUCCCGUCUACCCCUGCCCCCUCAUUAUUGUUUUGCUUUCCUCCUUGGUGUACCCUGGACACAAGCUUCAUUGGCAACUAGGCUGUGCUAGUCCUGUAAGGGAAGUGGGCCUGUGGGGAGCUGGGGGCGCGGACCCCCACGGCGGGGACGGGGGUGGGGUGGGGAGCGGCGGAGAGCCGGGGUUCCACUCUCUCCUCCCAGGCAGCACCCCGGCUGGGACCUCUCUCGUGUCCUCUCUCGUGAGUGUUCGUGUCCUUUCGUGGGUCAUCGUGGGUGGCGCCGAGCGUGCAGGUGGACCCGUGCCAGGCGCUGGGGAGUCAAAGACCGAGGGGUUCAGGCUCGUCCCCCGGGGCUCCUGCCCCUCUCUUUUCGGUCUCCGGAUCCAGGGCUGGGUCGGGGGCUCCUUGGACGAAAUGAAAUACAUAGAAUUGCAAAAGAAACCAAUUAAUAAAGUUGUAGUGGGUUUUCCCCCUUCCAAGUUAAUGGAACCCCUGGUUCAGAAGGGGCUCUCAGGGGUGACCUUCACAUUCCCACUGCUUCCACCCCAGUCCAGACCUUCAUCACUCCUCUGUCCGGCUGGUCUAACUGGCCCCAUUUUAUCCUACUCUCGGCCCAGGAGGAAUCUAGAAGAAGAGGAAGAAGAAAUGGCUCCCAUAUUCCUGACAGCCAGUUCCCAGGAAUCAGUUACGUUUAAGGAUGUGGCUGUGAACUUCACUCAAGAGGAAUGGCAGCAACUGAACCCGGCUCAGAGGGACCUCUACAAGGAUGUGAUGCUGGAGAACUAUAGAAACCUCAUCUCACUGGGGCUUCCCAUUUCCAAACCUGAUGUGAUCUUCCAGUUGGAGCAAGGGGAAGAGCCUUGGAUACUUGAUUUGCAAGGAAGUGAAGAAAAAGCAGUACUAAGAAAUACUUCUCUAGUUUCAGGCUGGGAGCAUGUGCCUGAAAUCCAGGAAUCAAUUCUAAAGCAGAACAUUUCUGAAAAAGAAGGAUCACCAGGCACAUUAACAGAAGGAAUAAGGGGAGAGAUUUCUGUACCUGAAGACAGAGUGGAGAAGCAGAGGGAAAACUCUGAAGGGGAGACAAGAGAAAAACCACUUUCUCUUGAGAGAAGUUUCAAGAAAAUAUCAAUAAAUCCUACCAAAAAACACACUAAAGAGAGAAGCCAUGAAUGUAAUCAGUGCAGGAAAUCUUUUUUUGAUCGUUCUUCCCUUAAUCGACAUCAGAGAACUCAUACUGGAGAGAAGCCCUAUGAAUGUAAGGAAUGUGGGAAAGCCUUCAGCCACAGCAGCAGUCUUAGGAGACAUGAGAUGACCCACACAGGACAAAGUCCCUAUGAAUGUAGCAAAUGUAGGAAAGCUUUCUAUGACCGUUCAUCCCUUGCUGUACAUGAGAGAAUUCAUACUGGAGAGAAGCCCUACAAAUGUGAUGAAUGUGGGAAAGCCUUCUUUGACAGAUCAUCUCUCACUCGACAUCAAAGGAUUCAUACUGGUGAGAGUCCCUAUGAAUGUAAUGAAUGUGGGAAAGCCUUCAGCCAAAAAAGCAUACUUACUCGACAUCAGCUAACACAUACUGGAGAGAAGCCUUAUGAGUGUAAUGAAUGUGAAAAAGCAUUCUUUGGCCUCUCAUCCCUUAUUCGACAUCAAAGGACUCAUACUGGAGAGACUCCUUUUGAAUGUAAUGAAUGUGGGAAAGCCUUUUUUGACCGCUCAUCCCUUACUCAACAUCAGAAAAUUCAUAGUAAAGAGAAGCCCUUUGAGUGUAAUGAAUGUGGGAAAGCCUUCAAUCAAAAAAGUCACCUUAAUCGACAUCAGAGGACUCAUACUGGAGAGAAACCCUAUGAAUGUAGUGUAUGUGGAAAGGUUUUCAGUAGCAAGUCAUCUGUUAUCCAACAUCAACGACGUUAUGCCAAAGAGUUCUUUGAUCAUGCUUCAGCACGUCACCUCUGCCAAGAAGUGGUCCAGCGGGGACUGUAUUUCCCAGAAUCCGUAGGGACAAGCUCAGAUUCCGUUUCCCAGCAUCUAUCUCCAAGCCUGCCCGGGAACGGAGCGCCCCCGAGGCCUUUGGGAAAUGAAGUCUGGACGGAGGAAGCGGAAGAGGCCCGAAGAAGGCUGCGGGUAGUUCGACCGCUGGCGUGUGCGCAGGCGCAGCUGUGCGGCGGACUCCGCUCCCAGGAAUCUGGACCCCACUCGAUCUGGAGCCUUGUAUCUCUGGACCUUGACUUUCUCCUGGAGGGAAAUACAGAAGAAGAAAUGGCUCCUGUGUUGUUUACAACCAGGCCCCAGGAAUCAGUGACAUUCAAGGAUGUGGCUGUGAACUUCACUCAAGAGGAGUGGCAGCAACUGAACCCAGCUCAGAGGGACCUGUAUAGAGAUGUAAUGUUGGAGAACUAUAGAAACCUCAUCUCACUGGGGUUCCCCAUUUCUAAACCUGAUAUGAUCUUUCAUUUGGAGCAAGGGGAAGAGCCAUGGAUGCUUGAUUUACAAAGAAUUGAAGAAGGAGAGAUCUCAAGAAAUUCCUAUUUGGAGAGGGAGAGUAAACCUGAGACCCAGGGGUCAACUCUAAAGCAGAGCAUUUCUGAAGAAGUGGAAUCAUCAGAAAUAUUAGUGGAAAGAUUCACAAGAGAAGUUACUGUACCUGAGGUUAAAUUGGAGAAGAAAAGAGAAAAUUCUGAAGGGAAGACAAGGAGAAAAUCUGUUUCCCAUAAGAGAAGUCUCAAGAUCAAGUCAAUAAGUGACCAAAAAAAUUCCAGUAAGGAGAGAGGCCCUGAAUGUAAUUUAUGUGGGAAAACCUUCAGGCACAGAAGUAGCCUUCGGAGACAUCAGAUUACUCACACAGGAGAAAGACCCUAUGAAUGUAAUGAAUGUGGGAAAGCUUUCUUUGACUGUUCAUCCCUUACUAUUCAUGAAAGAAUUCAUACUGGAGAGAAGCCCUAUGAAUGUGACGAAUGUGGGAAAGCCUUCUUUAACUGCUCAAAUCUUACCAGACAUCAGAGAAUUCAUACUGGAGAGAGUCCCUACAAAUGUAAUGAAUGUGGUAAAGCCUUCAGACAUAGCAGUAGCCUUAGGAGACAUCAAAUGACUCACACAGGACAAAGACCCUAUGAAUGUAAUGAAUGUGGAAAAGCCUUCUUUGAUCGUUCAACUCUUAUCAUACAUGAGAGAAUUCAUACUGGAGAGAAGCCCUAUGAAUGUGAUGAAUGCGGGAAAGCCUUCUUUGACAGAUCAUCCCUUACUCAACAUCAGAAGAUUCAUAGUAAAGAGAAGCUCUAUGAAUGCGGUGAAUGUGGGAAAGCCUUCAACUUGAGAAGGCACCUUAACCGACAUCAAAUAACUCAUACUGGAGAAAAACCUUAUGAAUGUAGUGUAUGUGGGAAAGUUUUCAGUCGCAAGUCAUCUGUUAUCCAACAUCAACGACGCUAUGCCAAAGAAUGAUCCUAGGAAUAUCAUGAAUUGAGGGAAAACUUCAGCCAGACUUGUCACUUUAUUAAAUGCUCAAGAGUCAAGGUGGGACCACAGACUCCAUUAAAAACUUGAUGUUGACUCCCCUAACCUAAAUAAACCUGUUGUUGAAGCCUGUUAA